AAAAGAUCCAUUAAUAUCACUCAUAUAUCCUCUUGGUUUUUUGGGGGAGGUUUGCAAUACCUCUAUAUAGGUGCGAACGUGGGGGUAAAGAGAUUGUUCCCCAUCUAUACGAAAGUGCUAAGCUAGGUUAAGGGUAUUGAUAAUAUUACAUUGGCCUUUUUCAUCAAUUAGACCUGCCCACACCGCUGGCAUUAUAAAUAAUAAGAUUUUCAUCAUUGCCCAAAGAGAUCCUAUACAGUUUGCGUCUGCAUAUACGUAAACUUGUCACGCCCUAGAGUUUUGUCUCAUUAGCUUUUCCAUCGCCUGGUACUAAUAAACCCAUUUUUUACGCCAGCAUCCAUCAUGGUGGGAAGCGCUAACAGGCCUCUGGCCAUUGCCGGUACUGCCUCGGCAGCCGUCUUCGACCUGCCCGUUGUCAUCAAGGGCUCAUACAGCAGCGUCAGGCUCGACAUCGGCACGCCUCCGAAAGAACACCAGUUGCUGUUCGAUACCAGCUCAUCAACCCUCUGGACCGUUAGCACUGACUGUACACAAGACUCGUGCCCAGAACGAAACACGGAGCUGUAUAAACGACGAUACUACAAUGCAUCGGCAUCGUCCACAGCCGUCGAUGUUGGCAUUCCCGCCAUGAUUCCUUACUUGGGCGGUAACGUUGAGGGCGAAAUUUACCAGGACGUCUUCAGUGCUCUAGAUGGGUCCGUGGAAUGGAACCAGUCAUUCAUUGCAGUCAAUGAGAGCUCAUGGGUUUGGAUCACUGCAGACGGGUUUCUGGGCCUUGGUUUCUCCACCAUCGCAGAACUCAACACGUCGACGCUGGACAAAGCCCGAUUCGGCCUAUACUUUGGCACGAACCUAGGAGACGAGGGCCCUCAGGACGGUGUGCUGAGCAUUGGUGAUAGUCACGAGGACAAGUAUGUUGAUGGCCAGGUGGUUUAUGCUCCUCUGCAGAAGGUCAACAACGAGUAUGGUCUAUGGCACACACCGUUGAAGGCUGUCCACCUACUGGUCGCCAAGAACCCGUCCAACCCAAACCACACAGUCGAGACGCACAUUGGCAAAUUGCCCACGACGCAGUUCUCUGGCAAUGCUCUCGAGUCACCCAAUAUUACUUUGUCAACGUUCGGCGACGGCCGGGCUGUUUUCGACACGGGAGCUGGCCGCCUUUCCGUGCCAUACGAAAUGAUCGAUUCCUUGUACUACAACCUCGGCUGGGAUUACCAAAGUCUGCUCUACGGCAAGCAGCGCUUUACAUGCGAGGCCAUGAAUGCAUCCUGGGCCAUUUCUCUGAUCCUUGGUGAAGGUGCGCCCGAGAACGAUGUCGUGGUCAGCAUUCGCGGCGAUGAAUUCCUUGAGCCUGGAGCACAAUGUAUGCCACCGUUUGACUCUUCCAGCUCACCUUCUUUUGCGCUUGUUGGCAGUGCCUUCCUCCACAGGUACUACACUAUAUGGGACUUUGGUGCGGAUAAGGUGGCUGAGUACAUGCCUCGGCUUGGAUUUGGAAGACUCAAGAAGGAGUUUGACUGGAACUACCAGUCGUGA